AUGGGAGAAGCAGAGGAGAAACCAUCCAUCGACGGAGCUUCUCCGAGGUAUUCGUCAAACAAAGUCGCCGACAUCGACACAGAGCUUUCGAAAAUGAAAGCUUCUCUCGAGAGCAGAGAGAGCGAACUCGUUUCUCUACGAGCCGCGUUAUUAGAGAAAGACGUCUUGACGAAGAAUCUUGAAGCCGAGAUUGAGAAAAGCAGAGAGUCAGAGAAGAAGCUCCUCGCUUCGUUCGAAGAGUCAAAGUCAGAGAUCGCUUCGUUAAAACAGAGGAUCGACGAUUCGAGCGAAGAAGAAGACGAUAGCUCUGUUCAGGGAGAUUUCGACAUUGAGUGUAUGAAGAACGAGAUGGAAUCGACUAAAGAGAGUCUCGCGCAGGCUCACGACGCAGCAGAAGCUUCAUCUUUGAAGAUCUCUGAUCUGCUUGAAGAGAUGAAAUCGGUUAAGAGCGAGCUUAAGGCAGCGAUCGACGCAGAGACGACGAGCAAGAAAGCGAUGGACGAUUUAGCGUUGGCGUUGACGGAGGUUGCUACUGAUUCAAGCCAGACGAAAGAGAAGCUUGCGGUUGCGGAAACAGAGCUCGAAGCUGCGAGGUUGGAGUCUAAUGAAUGGAAGGAGAAGCACGAGGAGGCGAGGAAAGAAGCGGAAUUGUUGAAGAACACGAGCGAGAGGCUAAGGAUCGAAGCAGAGGAAUCGCUUUUGGCGUGGAAUGGGAAAGAGUCUGUGUUUGUGAGUAUUAUCAAGAGAGGAGAAGAUGAGAAGAACUCGCUUCUUGAUGAGAACAAUAGGUUGCUUGAAGCUCUUGUUGCAGCUGAGAAUCUGAGCAAGAAGGCGAAAGAAGAGAAUCAUAAGGUGAGAGACAUAUUGAAGCAAGCGAUUAGUGAAGCGAAUGUUGCGAAGGAAGCAGCGGUGGUGGCGAGAGCUGAGAAUUCGAAUUUGAAAGAUGCCUUGUUGGACAAGGAAGAGGAGUUGGAGUUUGCGUUGAAGGAGAUGGAGAGGGUUAGGGUUAACGAAGCUUUGGCUAAUGAGAAUGUUAAGAAGUUGAAGAAGAUGUUGUCUGAGAUUGAGGUGGCGAUGGAGGAAGAGAAGCAUAGGAGCUUGAGCAGGCAAGACUCGUUGCAGAAGGAUGUGGAGGUUGUUGAGAAGAAGGUUGAGGAGAAGGAGAAGAAGGAAGAGAAGAAAGAGAAGAAGAAGAAGGAGAAGAAAGAGCAUAGUAGCGAGAACAUUGAUAAGAAGAUGAUUGGGAAGACUUGUAGUUUCAGCAUCAUGAAGCUCGCUCACAACCACCAUCACCACAGUCACAAGCACAAGGAGUCGAUAGAGGAAGAGACGAAAGCGCAAGAGAGCGGGAAUAACGGUGAUGAUAGUGUUGAAGGAAGCUCUCCGCGUUCGGAUUCUUAUCUCUUCAAAGGAUCGAUCUUUGACGUGGCGGAGACGCCACACGCGGCGGGAGCGCAGACGCAUCACAAGAGGAGGUCGUCGUGUACGUUUCUGGAGGAAGUAGAGACGAUUAAUCCAGAGGAUUUGGAGAAUCUGGAUGGGAAUCAUUUGGAGGAAGGAGAGUUGAACGACAAAGGAGCAGUGGCAGCGAGGAAGAAGAAGGCUUUUAUUCGUAGGUUUGGUGAUCUUUUGGUUAGGAGGAAAAGUUUGAGUUUUUCGCACAAGAAAGAGUCUUCUACUGAUUCACAGGAUAAGCUGCAGCAACCGCCGACGCCGACCUCACCGUGUCCGCCGCAACCGCCGAUGUCUCCGGAGCCUUGA